AUGGCUGGAGCUAAUGCCAAACAACAGAAGGCCCAGCAGAAGGCGCUGGAAAAGCAGAAGCAGAAGAUCGUGGAGGAUAAGACCUUCGGAUUAAAAAAUAAAAAGAGUAAAUCAGUGCAAAAAUAUAUUAAAAGUGUACAACAACAGGUUACUGGGCAGCCUCCGAAGGACAGUGAUAAAUACAUAGCUCAGCAAAAUAAAGAGAAGGAGGAAAAGAAUAGAAUACUACAACAAAAGGCACUCAUCGCAUCUUUGUUUAAAACCACUGAGACUGUAAAACAAGCUAGUAUGGACUCACAAAAGUUGUAUGAGCCGAAGCAGGCUAGAAUGGACCAGAAAAUAGAUAUUUAUUUGGAUCAGAGAAUACAAAGAUCCAAGGAAGAUGAUAACAUGAGUAAUUGGGAUAUUUCUACCCUAGAAGGAGUCGUACAGCAAAAAAACACAAAUGCGUGCACGACCGACAUCAUUUGUAAAUACUUCCUACAGGCAGUGGAGUCAAAAAAAUACGGAUGGUUUUGGGUUUGUCCCAACGGAGGGGACGACUGCAAAUAUAGGCACUGUUUGCCGCCAGGAUUUGUGUUGUCCAGUGAUGUUCCACAAGAAGUUGAGGAUGACGAGGAGACCUUGGAGGAAAAAAUUGAAAGACAGAGGAGAGAGCUUCCAGCGGGUGGUGAGAUGGUGACCCUAGAAACGUUCACUCGGUGGAGAGAAGAACGCGAAAAGGGACGUCUAGACGCUCUGAAGGAGAAGGUGUCGAAGGAUUCCACCACACAGUUGACUGGAAAGGACCUGUUCACCUUCAAUCCCAACCUGUUUAUGGAUGACGAGGGCGCAGCAGAUGACUUUGACUACGAUGAGGAUAUCGAUUUGGAAGAACUGAUCAAGGAGAAUGAAUAUAACUUAACUAAGGGAAACGUUCUUCCAUCAGAUGUUUCCGAUUCGCUUAGCAAAUUGUCGAUUUAA